GUGAGUUUUCUGCACUCUGCCGGCUAGGAAGGUGAUAGUGAAUGGCUUGACGGCUCAUUAUGCGUAAAGGGAUCCGCGCAGCCGUAAUUGCGCAACGAUGGCAGACUCGGCGUCCCCGGAGGACACGCUGCCCGAGGAGGAAAGGGAGUUUCAGAAGAUUAUUGCUUUGAUCGGAGGUAAAGAGAGGAUCUAUUUGGUCAGCGACGCCUGUAAAAGUAAAGACGUGGUUGAGGAUGAAGCCGCAAUACUGCAGGAGUUCAUGCGUGACAUGUUCCACAUCAGCAGCCUUCCGGACAGCAGUGAGCAGCGCCCUUCACCCCCCUCAGGCAGUCACGACGAUACUGGAAGUGGAAACCACGCUUGCUCCAAAACAGAGACUGUUAAAAGUAAUGAAAUACCACUAACAGUUAGGCCCGAGGAUUUGGAUUUGAGAGUGAGACCGGCUGGAGAGGACACGGUGAAGGAGAAGCGGCCGGUGCGCAAUGGCAACGCUCAGAAAACAGCAACGAGGGGGGCAAACAUUUACAGCCUCAAGCGAGCGAUAGACUCUCCGGUCAUCAUGUUCAUCUUCAGACAGUCAUUCAUCAGCAAAACUUCCAACGAAGUGUGCUUAAAAGAGAUUUUGAAGGACGUAAAGGCACGUACGAAACGUGCCAGAAUCGCCCGACCAGCUCUGGUUGGAUUAAUACGCACCAGACAGGAGAGCGCCGAGACUCAUCAGUGUGCGCAACUCCUGGAGCGUCUGAUCCGCUCAGUAUUCCACAAACAUUCACCAGGGACAAUAUGGGUUGGCUGUUUCAUUCCGAAGACAGAUGACAAAAUGCUCAGCAUCAAGAAAAACACCUGCAAAGUUAUAUAUUCAUCUCAAACAGCAGAUAAUACCAGGAAUAGAGGGGAGCCGCUUUUCUGGCCAUUCCAAUGUUUGUCCUGGCCUCAGAGAAGAGGGGCUAGAGAGCAGGCCAACAGCUCUCCAACCAGCAGGCAAAGAGGUGACAGUGGAAGUGUAGAGGAGGGUAUUCCUUUGAAAAUCAGUUCCCCUUCUGCUGGACCUCAUGUGGACAAAGAGUCAGCUGGAGGAGACAGCUGAUGUCAUGACCUGUCGCUGCAGGCAGAUCACUGUAGACAAUACUGUUUUUACUGUGAAAAGAUGAAGAGCCCCUCUAUGUGAGAUGGGGUUUCUUCAUGGUGCUCGAUAUUCCCGCUGCUGAGCCAACGUCAUUCUUGACCUGAAGGAAUAUGUUGUUAAAUAAUGAAAUCUCUUGCCAUCUUUCUGAUUUAUACAUUGUACAAAAGUUAGUCACAAAGGGAUUUACUGUGUACAUGUAGACUGUUUACCAGAGCAAUAUCACAUCAUUUAAAACCACUCUUUUCUUCUUUUGAGAACUUUAGAUAGAGAAUUGUAAGUUAUUACAGGUGGAGAUAAGGCUUGGCUUGAAAGCUUAUAGCAUAAGUACUGCUUUAACAUGAUGCAUUGCCAACUGAACAAAAUGGGCCACUGCUCUAUGACCCCAGAACUUCAGAAGCUCCAAAAGUCCCAGGUUUAUUGUGGGUCAACUCAUUUGUGCUAAUUUAAUUGAGGAUUUGUAUGGGAACAUGCACCACUAACUGACAUAUAAGGGAACAUUUUUUAAUUGGUUAACAGGGGCCCAGCAGUUCAUUUUUUCUUCCAGACUGCCCAGCAAGUUAAUCCAGCCAAUCGUGCAAUGUGAAUCUUUUCUUUUUUCACUGGCAUUUAUUAAGAUUGUGUGCCUUAGAUGAGUGCUAUUAACAGCAGCAUUAUCUGCAAUAGAACAGGAACAGUCUCUUUUUCACUUUUUAUGUAUUUAUGUAGGCUACUGGAUUGUCCAUUCAAAUAAAUAUGUGAUGACACAUUAAAACUUGCGUGU